AUGGUAAAACUCUUUGUUGGCAAUCUUGCCCAGGCAACGACAUCUGAUGAGCUUCGAUCACUCUUCUCUCAAUAUGGAAAGGUUACUGAAUGUGAUAUUGUGAAAAAUUAUGGCUUUGUGCAUAUGGAAGAGAAAGAGGGGGCUGAGGAAGCCAUUCGAAACUUGCACCACUAUGAGCUUAAUGGCCAAGCCAUGAAUGUUGAGCUCAGCCACAGUAAACCAAAAGCCUCAACAAAGUUGCACGUUGGGAACAUCAGUAGCAGCUGCACUAACCAAGAGUUGCGGGCCAAGUUUGAAGAGUAUGGGCCUGUUGUUGAGUGUGACAUCGUGAAAGAUUAUGCCUUUGUGCACAUGGCUAAGGCAGAAGAUGCCAUGAAUGCAAUCAAGGGACUCGACAACACAGCUUUUCAAGGCAAACUGAUGAGCGUGAAGCUUUCAACGAGUCGUCUUCGAACCGCGCCGGGAAUGGGAGAGAAGACGGGGUGUUAUCGGUGCGGUCAGGAUGGUCACUGGUCGAGAUCGUGCCCACUGAGUCAGAACGGCUCCUUUUCUGAAGGUCCCAUGCCCUCCGGGGGCAGUGGGUAUGGAAAUCUGGCAUAUGGUGGCGGCCGGGGUUUCAACAGGGGCUACAACGGAGGCCCAGUCUUUGACGGCAGCACAGGCUUCGGCGCUGGCCCUGGUUUUGUCGGUGGUGCAGGCUUCGGCGGUGGCCCUGGGUUUGGCAGGGGUGCAGGGUUCGUCGGUGGCCCUGGGUUUGGAAGGGGCGCGGAUUUUGGAGGUGGCGCUGGCUUCACCAGUGGCACAGAGUUUACUGGCGGUGAAGCAGGGUAUGGCGUCGGCAUGAACUAUGGCACUGGCGGCGACUUCAUGGGUCAUCCCUCUGGAUUUGAGGAGGGGGAUCGCUUCGGUGUGGUCGACUACUAUGAGAAGUACAGGGCCCGGCCUUACAGGAUCAACGCUUUUGAGGAAAGGAGCAUGAACACUCUUCUUCCUCCUUCCUCUGCUUUGAGAGAACAUAUGCCCUCAACUACUCUUGACCCUUAUGAUCGUUCCAAUCUGCCUACCACACAAGCUGCCCUCUCGACAUACUACGCACGUGACCGCAGCCCAGUGCGCAGGGCAACUCCCAUGGCUGAGGGGUACACAUUUGAACGCUCUCGUCUAUCCCCGGUUACAUCUGUUGGCAGAGGCGCUCCAUUCGACGCGACACGGCCAAGAGACCCAUAUGCUGAAAGGCCGCAACACUAUGCCUUUUAAUGGUAUACUGCACUCUUGUAAAAAGGUGAGAGCAAAGAUAGAUAUUACUUGUUUUAGUGGGGUUUGGGUUUUAGAUCUUGAUGUGUAAACAUGUUGGCGCUGUCUUAUCUUUAUGUAAAGAAUUAUUAAUGUUAAGUUAACAUUUGGGAAGGAUUUUGUAUUCUAGCCCUGCUGAGAAAGCAAGUCUGCAUGUGGAGAUUGUUACUUGACGUUCUUCAGUUAUGGGUUUAAUAUAACCCUUGUUUGGAGUAACAAAACUAUUAUAAAAAUAGAUGAAGCUCUUGAUUAAAGUUGCAUAACUUCAUGUUCUGCCUGACAAGUUCACUGUAAGCUGCUGAUACCAGUCUGAUCUGCUCUCUUUCCAGGUUUAUAUUUACCGUGGCGAGAUCCUCGUGUUCCCUGAUGCACGCGAUGCUAAAACGCUCUUCUUGUUUCACGCGGAUUGCGUUUUGAGCUGCGGCGGUUAACGGGAUGAAGUGUAGCGCGGACUUCGUUUCGUGUACUUACCACCUGUAUUCUCGUUACUUCUGUUGCAAGCAUCAUUUUGUUUUCCCUUUUUCCUCCAUUUCUGUAUCAGUAUGUUCUCGCCAACUUAAUUUUGUUCAUUUCUACAGAUGCAAGGAUGAAUGAAGUAUAUUUUUCUCGGAUGAGACUUGGUAUGAGUCCUUGUGAAUGACUCAUGUAUUUUCAUAUCUUGUUUUUCUUUAAAUUACAUCAUUGUCACGCUUAGGCUUUUGUGAUACUCAACCACUGGAUGAACUUGCAUUGCAAACACCAUGUUUUGUACUGUUUAAAGGCAAGUUUCUUAUUGAAUCAUUGGAUGUGCAGAUUUUUUUUUUUUUUUUUUUAAUGAUGACAUCUUCUACAUCUUUGUAUUUCUCCACCACAGAGUAAACCUAGUCGAUUUUAUGUGCUUAGGUAAAUCUCAGACUACUGAAUAUGUGAUACUAAACGUUAAAUCUGUUAACUGAAUUCAUCAUGAAUGUGAAUAUUAAAGGUGUUUUCACCUAACCUUUUACAUAUGUAGAAUGAAUGAAAAUGGGGAAGAGGCUAAUGUUUAAAGUUGGUUUAAUCAUUAAGAGAAAGCCUUGCUGCGUUUUUUGAAAUAUAUAGACUUAUAAAGAUGGAGACAAGUAUGUCAGAAUUGGUGAGUGAUGAAUAUUUUUGCUGCCACUUGGCUAGUGUGCAGAUUUAUAAUCACAAAAAAAAAAUAAUAAUCAAAAAAAAAAAUUAUUUUUUUUUUGUAUUUUUUUUUUUUUUUUUUUUGCUUCAUUGUGUAAUAUGCCUGCAGUGAAGUGUAGCAUCCUAACAGGGAUGAAUACUUAACAGUUCAGUUGGUCACCUAUAUUGAGCAGUCCUUGUGUGGCAAUUAGUACAUAGGGAAUUCCAUUUAUGGUGCUUGACUUGCAGACCACAUUACUAUUUUAAGGGGUGGGACUGAACUUGUACUUUUAAAUGAAUUUGAGUUGUCUCUAUUUUUUUAGCUUUGUUAAAAAAUACCACACUAAUUCAACCCAUUAAUGUACUUUUCUGGUAUUGUCCUUAAAGAAAUAAAUUGUUUUUUGAAAACA